AUGCACACAGAUGACUCGCAAUAUCAACGCAUUUUGUGGCGAAACGAAGCAAAUGAAAUUCAGGAGUAUUGUCUCACGACAGUCACAUUUGGGACUGCUUCCGCUCCAUAUACCGCGAUACGAAUCCUCCACCAACUGGCUGAAGACGAAAGUACAUCGUAUCCGUUAGCAGCACCUGUCCUUCGGAAUGAAAUGUAUGUUGACGACUUACUAUCUGGCGGUCACUCCGUUGAGAUCGCCACCGAAAUUCGCAAACAAGUAACCUUAGCAUUGCGCUCCGCUGGCAUGGAACUUCGAAAAUGGAGCAGCAACUCAUCGGCGGUGCUGGACGGUAUUCCCACCGAAAACAGGUCAGACAGUAAUGCCUUACAGUUAAAUAGCAGCGAUACCGUCAAAACCCUUGGCAUUCUGUGGCAACCGAACAAGGACGUUUUUAAAUUCCGGUUCAACUUCGAAAUUGAUUUUACUGCCACCAAACGGUCAGUGCUCUCAACUAUAGCUCGUCUGUACGACCCACUGGGAUUAAUUGCACCGGUUAUUGUAGCAGCCAAAAUCAUCCUGAAAUCGGUAUGGUCCUUUAAGGUACAACGCGAUGAGCACACGUUCACACCAUUGGCAUGGGAUGAAACGCUACCAACAAAUCUAAAUCACCAAUGGCAACGUUUUCUAAAUACUGUAUCGGAGCUGCCCUGCAUCACGGUGCCGAGAUGGUUGAACUAUGAGCCAAAUCAUGUUAAAUCAUUACAACUCCAUGUAUUUUGCGAUGGCUCGACGCUGCAUAUGCAGCAUGUGUUUAUCUACGGGUAG